GAAAUUGGAGACAGGAGGUGUCACAGGAGUACUCGACGACGAUAGUGAAUGAUUUUUAGAAUCUGCAGAGAACCCUAAAAAGUUAUUCACGAAAAAGAGACACUGUAGGAUGAGACGAUGGCUCCUGUGAAGGUGCGUGACUGGAAUUGUGUGAGCUUCAUUCCGCAGUUUGAGAUAGGGGCAAUGAUCGAGAUGAUGAAAUGGUAAUGGUCUCUCAUUUAGAGACUUGGCAGAGACGGGACGUGAGACUCUCUAGGGUGGCUACAGUAUUUUUUCAAAAUACGCUGCGAGAGUUGAAAUGGGCGAUAGCUAUGGAGAUGGCGGGCCCAGCCUCCCGCAACACCUGCGUCCAGAUCCUGGAUGGCUCCUCUUGUCCUCUUCCGCAUCCGUGGUGCUAGUUGUGUGUCUCACUUGUUUAGGAAAGCACUAUCAUUCGAGAAGAAACCUUCGUGCUCUUAGUGAAACUUGGAAACUAUCUGACGAGUCUCGCACUGUAGAUCCAGGGAGAGCCGAUGAGGUCCGGCCGUGCUGCUAUGCUGCCCAAGAGCAGCGUGAAGAACGACAGCAUGACCAGCAUCGUCAUGCUCAUGGUUUCCCUCUUUGCCUGUUCCUACAUUGCCGGCAGGUUGUGGCAGGAUGCUGAAAUACGGUCCCAGCUGAUCGCAAUUGAUCCACGCAUCAGUCGCCAGGCAAGAGAUCCAAUCUCAGUGGAUGAAUCUCUGAGAUUGAUACAAUGCAAAGAACAGCAGAAGAAGCUAGCAGAUACAGAACUAGAGUUAGCUGCAGCAAAGAGCCAAGGGUACAAGCCCAUCAAUAAAACUCUUUUUCAAGAUCACAAACUUGUAGUCAUCGGAAUCUUCACUAGUUUUAGUGGGCAGUCUCGCCGCGCAUCCUCACGGAAGAGUUGGAUACCUAAUGGUCCUGCAUUGAAGGAGCUUGAGAGCAAUAAAGGUAUCAUCAUUCGCUAUGUUAUUGGACGCAGCUCAAACAGAGGAGAUAUAUUGGACCGACAGAUUGAUCAAGAAAAUAAAGAAACGGACGAUUUCCUUAUCUUGGAAAAUUACGUCGAGAGUGAUGAUAACUUGACGCUGAAAUCUAAAACGUUUUUUAGCAAAGUGGUCAAUACGUGGAACGCAGAUUUCUAUGUGAAGAUGGAUGACAAUGUCGGUCUGAGUAUAGACAUGGUGGGAAGCAUGCUAUCCAGUCACCUAGACAAGCCCAGAGUUUAUGUGGGUUGCAUGAAAUCCGGGACGGUUGUAAAUGAUCCAAACGCACAGUGGUAUGAGCCUGACUGGUGGAAGUUUGGAGACGAAAAGUCAGAGUACCAUCGGCAUGCUGCUGGGCAAGUUUAUGGUCUUUCGAGAUCAUUGGCUCAGUAUAUCUCAAUUAACAGUGCCUAUCUAAAAGAGUACAAGAAUGAGGACGUUGCGGUUGGAGCUUGGAUGCUGAGCUUGGAUACAGUGCAUAUUGACGACCGGCACCUCUGCUGUGCUCCAAAUACUGUUCGCAUAAUGCUUUCAGGUGGCGUCUGCUGGCUCCAAUAAUGAAAAAUGGCGAUAUUUAGAUCUCCUAGUUUUCGGACAACUGAGAGUAACACGUUCUUUUGAAAUUGCUGCCGCAAAUCGACCGGUAUGUAUGUCAAUUUGAGCCAUCACCGCACGGUGAUUUGCCUCAAACUUCAAGGUUGGGUGAUUUGUAGCGUCGAAAUAAUGCAGACUUUUACUGGAAUGAUAAGAAUUAAAUUGUGUUGCAGGCAAGCUGUCGUAUUUCGUAUCUGAACUUACUCACCGCUUGUGAUGCGAUGAAUGUAAGGAACCAGAAAGGAAAAAGCAGCUGGAGGGUAAGAUAAUUCAGUGAUCAUUUGAAGAUUUAGAUUCAACGGAGUAUUUUUUGGGUGGUCGAGACCCCCCCCCCCCCCCCCCCACACAAGGCCGUCAUAUUGUGUGUACAGCUUGUAUUAUGAUAAGCCGGACUUUGAAUGGAGUUAAAAAUUCAUUGCUUGAAGCUCAGUCUCUUCAUCCUGCAAUCCUUGUACUUUGCACUGUUAAUAAAGCAGUGUAUCCUUGAACUUUCCAA